AUGAAAAAGCCCUCUACCAAAAACACGUCUGAGAACCUCCCCAAGGCUGAGGGGUGGAAGGUGGAGCCUCGACAGGUCAAGCAGAGCAUGGUCUACGUGCACAUCCAUCUGGGCCAGCCCUCGUGUCCCCUCGCCUGGGAAUGUCCACGUGCAUUUCCGAGACCAAUGAAAGAGGGGUCAGCCUCAGGAUAUGAUGGUAUCAGCACAGAACAUGAGGACAUGUUUAAAACAGCCCCCUCUCUGAAGAACGCUGUCCUCCUAGGUCCAGGAGUGUUGCAGGCAACAAGGAUCUUUCACACAGGACAACCACGUCUUGCCCCUGUACCAUCUCUUCCUGAACAUAGAGGAAAAGUUCAUCUUGGACUGAUCCCUGAGGAGUUCUUCCAGUUCCUUUAUUCUAAAACUGGUGUAACAGGACCUUAUGUGCUUGGAACUGGGCUUAUCUUGUAUUUUCUAUCCAAAGAAAUAUAUAUGAUUACCCCAGAGACAUUUUCUGCUAUAUCAGUAGUAGGGUUACUUGUCUAUGCAAUUAAAAAAUAUGGUGCUGCUGUUGGAGAAUUUACUGAUAAACUCAAUGAAAAAAUUGCCCAACUAGAAGCAGCAAAGCAGGAGACCAUCCAACAAAUCCAGGAUGCAAUUGAUUUGGAGAAGUUGCAGCAGGCACUGGUUCAGAAGCGCCAUUAUCUUUUUGAUGUCCAGAGGAACAAUAUUGCUAUGGCCUUGGAGGUUACUUACUGGGAACAACUUCACAAAGUGUAUAAGGAGGUAAAGAACUGCUUGGACUAUCACAUUUCUGUGCAGAAUAUGAUGGUUCGAAAGGAACAAGAGCACAUGAUCAACUGGAUGGAGAAGCAUGUGGUGCAGAGCAUCUCCACACAGCAGGAAAAGGAGACAAUCACCAAGUGCAUUGCAGAUCUGAAGUUGCUGGCAAAGAAGGCCCAGGCACAGCCAGUUCUGUGAAUGUUUCUAUCCCCAUUAGACAGCUUGAAA